AUGGCAGCACGUGGAGGCGUAAACUCGAAGGGUGAAGUCGCACCUCAACCUGUCAAAGUUCAGCGAUAUUGGCCUGGAAAAGUUCCGGAAGGAAUACAUGAUUACUCUUCGGAAGAAGAAGAGGAGGAACCAUUCGAAAGGGAACCCGAAAUUAUAACUACUAUUGAAAAGGUAGAUAUAACGGAAAAAGAAGCAGCUUCAGAUCGCAGACUAAGAAGGUUAAAAGAGGCCAAGGAAGAUGGAUCUUCUGAAGUAAUUGAUAGAAGACGAAGACAUUUUAAAGAAGAGGAUCAAGAUGUCAGAGAUCUACAGUUACGUCAUGUUAAAGUGGAACAAGAUGCUGAAGUAAAAAUAGAGGAGGAAGAGGAUGAUUUAGCACUUCGUCGAAAGCGCUUAAGAGAUCGUGUAUUAGAACAACGAAAACAAGAAGAAGAGCAAUUAAAGGCUAUGGAAGAGGCAGAAAAGGCUCAGUCCACUCAAACAGAAGAGGAGGAAAGUGAAGGUGAAGAAACUUCAGAGUAUGAAACCGAUUCAGAAGAAGAACAAGCAUCGAGAAAAUUAUUAAAACCUGUAUUUAUUCCAAGGCAUGAAAAAUUAGAAGAGGAGGCAGAAGCAAAGAGAUUGCAAGAACUAGAAGAGAGAAAAAAAGAGUCACAUUUAAUGGUUGCAGAAGUAAUUCAAAAAGAAUUACAAAAAACUGUCAAAGAAGAAACUGGCGUCAGUGAAGUCGAUGAUACAGAUGGUUUGGAUGAACAGGCAGAAUACGAGGCAUGGAAAUUACGUGAACUGAAAAGAAUUAAGAGAGAUAAAGAAGAACGCGAAGCGAGAGAAAAAGAACAAGAAGAAAUUGAACGGAGACGUAAUAUGAGUGAAGAACAACGUUUAUCGGAAGAUAUGGAGCGUGUAAGAGCACAACGUGAAAAAAAACCACACGGACAAUAUAAAUUCCUGCAAAAAUAUUAUCACAAGGAUGAAAAAAUUUUCAAACGUGAUUAUACUGAAGCAACACCCGAUGAAGCAGUUAUGCAAGUCAAGAACUUUGGUCGAGCAGGACAAACUAAAUGGACUCAUUUAGCUGAUCAAGAUACUUCAAAGAAAGAUGCAGUGUGGAGUCAGAACACUGGAAUUAAUAAAUCAAUGCUAUCAAAGUUGGGUGGUUUGCAUGGAGGGUUUGAUAAGCCUACAUCAAAAAGACGGAGAACUAAGUAA